UCUAUACCGUGUUCCACAUUAAGCUAGCUCUAUAAUGUUGACAGCGGAUUCGUGACCUGUUUCAUUUCGUUCGGAUGGUAAGUCGGACAUGUACUGAGUCUUCGAGAACAAGGGUUUAAAUCUAAAUCGUUUUGUUAUUGCUGUUCUGUAAAGUACCGGUAAAAGAAAUAAAAGAAAUAAUUGUGUACAAUAUCAGCUUGAUCCGAGAUUGUGUGUGGGAGAAAUAACGUGUACAACUAUUUACCAGACAGACAGAAGUUAGUCAUGCCUAACGAAACAAUACAUUCAUUCCAUGAGAAGGUUUUGGUACACAUCUGUAGCACUAAUUUUCAAAGUUUGGAAGACGAUUCAAAGAAGAUUUACUGUUCAAAAGAGGAUGCCGCUAAAAGGACUUCCAGUUUGAAAGAUGUUGUUAACAAUCGUAUAAAAAAACAAAUGCUCCAUAAUGACACAAACAUGGACAACAAAGAAUUGCACACAAGAUCAGAACAUAAAUUUGACUAUAUGUUAAACCAUUCCUAUGAUGCUUUGAAUCACACAGUAGAUUAUAGUCAUUGUCAAAAAAUAUCUAGACAAAUCAUUGAAUCGGAUGACAACUCACUGAUCAGUUCUAGUCAAAGCAUUGAGCUAAAUGGCAAGUUGAUAAGAUCUAGUGGAAGCAUUGAAAUUAAUGACAAGCUGAUUAGGUCUAGUCAGAGCAUUGAUCUAAAUGACAAACUGAUCGGUUCUAGUGGAAGCAUUGAUCUAAAUGACAAACUGAUUAGUUCUAGUGGAAGCAUUAAACUUAAUGAUAAGCUGAUUCGUUCUAGUGAAAGCAUUGAACUUAAUGAUAAGCUGAUUAGAUUUGAUGACCCAGGGGCAGAGGAAACUCAGAUUAAAACUUUCUUCUUUACAAACAAAGAAUCUAAUGACCCUGAGUAUAAAAUCAAUAAAGAUUUGGAAGAAACUGAAAAUUGGGACAAAGAGAGUGAAAGUCAAAAGGAAAAUGUAAUCUGCUUGGAGCAAGCGUUUUACAUGAGUGAACUUAACAACGAGCCCGACUCGGUGGACUUUAAUACUUUCACUACAAUAAAUCAGACUAUGAAAAACAAUCUUGUUUUUAGAGUGCAGCCGAAAAUGACAUAUCACUCCAAGAAGAUAUGCUUUACUGGACAAUUGGAGUCUUUAGCACGAGAAAAAUCUAAUAUUUUACUUGCGAGCGUUAAUGUAAGGAAAAUCAAAGAGGUUCAAAUCAUUCUCAAAAAAAGUAUUUCUAAAAGACCUAGAUCUAAGUCUCUUAAACCAUUAAGUGUGCACUGUUCCAGAAGCUCAAACUCAAUAAAACAAAAUGCUAAAGAAGCAAAGAUGUCAUUUUUCAAGAACUAUUUUAGAGGUUACACACCAAAUAGCAACACAAAAUAUUACAGAGCAUUGACUAUUGAUAAGCACAAGAAAUAUAGAAGAAAGCAGACUGGUGAUGACAGCAAGGAAUAUUUUGGUUGUCAGACAACUAAGAGGAACAAGCAAUAUUGUAGAAAUCAUGCUCUUAAUAGCAAAAAAAAAAACGACAGAGGACAGACUACCUAUUGGAACAAAAGAUAUAACAGAUGGCAGUCUGCUAAUAGCAAUAAACUUGGGCUUUUAAUUAGGAAAAAACGCCAUGGAGAAGUUUGGUCAAGAAAGAAGCACAUGUUUCUAGAUAUCGAGUUCUAUUUCACAAAAAUAACCAUGAAUCAUCCCAAGCACAACUUAAUGAACAACUACAAGAGAAAUACUACCUCUUUUCAAUGGUUUCAAAAAAUAUUAAAGAAUAAAAAUGACAAACCAGCUGGUCUGCCUACAAACGGCUCAUUCAGUGUCCGUGGCCAUUCUACUGGAGAUAACAGUUCUAAUAGCAAAUCUUCAGGAUAUUCUUCUGGUGGUAGCUCGUCAAAUGAGACACAGCAGGGAGCUUGGAGAUUUUCUUCAGGAGGAAAAAGCAAUGGUCAGUCUGGUCGUAAUAGACAAGAUGAUGAUGAUGAUGAUGAUGAUCCAAGUAGGCCACAAAGACUUUCUGGAAGGCUGCCACUUUUUCCAAGUCUCCCUGCUCCUAAAUUAGAUUCAUUUCACAAAGAACUGAGAGAACAGGCUGAAAGAACUUAUCAGCAAAGAACUUCAAACCAUGAAAUGGAAGCUCCUUUUCAAGAUGGUGUUAAAAAUAUUCAUGGUGCUAUUUCCGUACUGCAGUUGUGUGACCUGCUAGGAACUUCAACAAACAGAGUUCCAGAGAGGACUGAGAUUCCAAAAGCUUUUAACAUUUGCCUAACUUUAGCCUUACACGAUCUUUCAUUUGCUUCCUCUAACACACACAAAAAUGUGGCUUCCUACUUGGACUGUAGCACUUGUAGUAUCCUUUCCAACUUGCUGAAGCACCUUGCAACAUUGAACCAUGAGAUUGGGGUAAAGUCAUGUGAUUCCUGCUCACAGAUGUUACAUCUGAUUGUUUGGCAUGUAAUGAUAUGUAUUGAUAAAAAUAAACAACGGACAAAGGUCAGUAGGUGUGACUUGUGCUACAAGAUCAGCAAAACCUCAGAGUGGAGCAAAGAAAAGUUAAUAUCUUCCUUGCCCAAACUCAGAUCUAAGAUCAAGAAGUACUGUGUCAAAGUUUUAGGCACAAGUUCUGAUAAUGAGGAUGAAUGCUCUAAUCAAGUAAAUACUGAGAUUUGUAGCCCAAAUACUUCAUCUAGUGGCAAAAUUGUCACUGAAGAAACUAACCACCAAGCUUCCAAUUUUCAAGCCUAUUUUAAUGAAUUAUCUCUUGCACCUUUGAGUCAUGAAAUGCAGCAUCAGCUGUUAAACCCAGAUGUAACACAGUCUUCAAGCUUGACGCAAUGUGAGAGCAUUUCUUCUAUCAAGUUGACUCGUAAACCUAGUUGCAAAGGAAGAACCAGCUUACCCCAGACCAUAGAAGAGGAGAAUGGUGGAGAAGAACAGUCAAAGUCUUUUGUUGAAAGUGCUGAACCUUGCAAAACCAGUGUGGGAAAAAAAGAUGAAAUGGAAAAUCUGUUUGCUGGGAAAUAUGGGGCUAGCCCAUAUGAUACUCAACCCACCUAUGGUCAACACACAACAUAUGUCAGCAUGCCAGUUGACAGAGAUCUGCAUGACAAUACACAAUAUUUGUCUACAACCACUUCUAAUCGACCUCAGGGCAAGCCCGGUGUAGGCUGUGUAGUUUAUGGACUACCUAAGCAACUUCAGAAGAUUGCUAGCUACUGGGCCAAGAAGAGAGAAGAGUGUGACCAAACAGGUCAUUGUCCUUAUCAACAUAGAGAGGAAGGGGUUAUAUUGGCAGACUACAGAGAAAAAUUUGUAAUCUUGCGACAGAGAUACCAAAAAAAUCAUCAGUGGCAGCGCCUGACUCACUUGGGAAAUGGAAUGUCUGGGAAAUGUCACCUAGCAAUGGAUGUCACUACCAAUUUUAGAUUUUGCUGUAAAAAAAUUCAUCUACUAAGAUACUGUGAGGAUGAGCUGACCAUCUGGACAGAAAUCAACCAUCAAUUUAUUGUUAGACUUUAUGGUGCCAUUCGACAUGGCGUUAAAGUUUAUAUAUUCUCUGAAUUCAUUGAUGGAGGAGAUCUGGCUGCGUGUAUUGAGGAGCAAAAACUUCUGGGUCGCCGUUUAAGCCACUGGUCGGCUAUUAACUAUUUUAAACAGCUUCUUGAUGUCUUGGCCUACCUGCAAUCCAAAAAUAUUCUCCAUGAAGACAUCAAAGCUGACAACAUUCUACUUAGAAACAAAACCACAUUCAUUGCUGUCACUGACUUUGGCACCUCUAGGAAACUCCAAGACCCGAAACAGCUAAAAAACAAAAUGCCAGUAGGUAGCCCAACUCACUGGAGUCCUGAGAAGGCAUCCAUGGAAGGUCAUGGUUUUCCAUCUGAUCUGUGGGCUGCUGUGUGCGUCCUGGUUCACAUGUUGAGUGGCUGGCCACCAUGGGUCAAACGUUUCAACAAGGCUGGCAUUCUGAACUACAUAAUCUAUGCUCAACCACCUCCUAUGGAUGAUGUUCCACACAAUGUCCAGGAAGGAGUUAGAAAGUUGAUAGAGAAAGGUUUAGUCAAAAAUCCUGUUCUGAGACCAAGUCCAAUCCAGUUGUUGCAGGAUCCAGCUUUCAGAAUUCUAGACGAUGAGAAAUUUGAAACAUGUUAUUCAACUCUGAUGUCACAAUCCCCCAGAGCAAUACCCAGACAUGGAGAGAGCUGUGAUGAAACAUAUGAUCAAAACAAACUGUUAUCUACUACACCAUUGAAUGUUACAUCUGACAAAACUGUUUUAUAUGAGCAGCACAUCAGCACUGUUAUUCACUCUGAACAGCAACUAGCAGAAAAGGCAGAAAACAAUGAAGAUCACAGUGCCAACCUUGUUGAAGUUGUUAUUCCAGCUCAAGGGGUCAGCUCAUCUGAGAUGGCUAGUCUAGCCGAAGGAUAUGGGCAAUCUCAGAGUGAUGGACCAGCUCAGGGGGAUGGAUCAAACUUCCAAGUGGAAGAAGAUUUAGAGGCUAGCACCAUCCAUGAUGAGGUAUCUGAUAGUCCAGACAAUGAUAAAGAAAGCUAUGUGUUGAAGGAAAGACCUCACAUUGAAUCCAGAAUCUGUGAACUGAUAGAACCAAGAAAUAUAGAAAAUUUACUGCCAGCUUUUGCACUUAUAUAUCCAGACGAUGGCUCUGAGAACAGCUUGUCCAUACAGCAAUUUUUUGUUGACAAAUAUGAUGACGUUACAUUCAACACUUUUAAAGAUCCUCUGCAGUUCUACCAGCCAGCUAAACAGGAACCUAAACAGCCUGCAAGAAAAGAUGAUCCAAAACAAUUGCCUAAUCUAUCUAUCUUUAAUUCCAGCAGUAGCACUUCUUCAUCUCAUGUAAAUACACAGGAGAGAUUCAGCUCUAUUGUUCUUGGUCAAACAAAAGACAUGUCCUGCAAAGAUAAUGCAGUAGUCUUUACAUUUUCUUCUGGUUCAGAUUGCACCAGUUCAGAACUUUUUGAUAUGGGGCAGCAAGGGGAGAUAAGUCCCCCAGAGGCCACACCCAAUUUGUCAAGUACACCCACAAAUUUAAUGAUGAGAAAAAAAGAAAACUUGAAAUUAAAUCUGGGGAACACCCCACCUUUAUCACACAGCUGCUCUUUACCGCACAAUUCAAACACUGACAAUGAAUCUAUCAAGAGACCUAAUACAUGGACCAAGUUGAGCUCUUCAACACCCAAACCUCCUUCACAGCAGCAAACACCUAGUACAGGUCGAAGCACAUCUUCAACUCGGCAGGGACCAUCUGCUUCAACUGCCAGUUCUAAUAUACAUUCAUUCUUCCCUAGCACUAAAUCAGUUAUUGAAAUGCAAGAAUCAGUAAUGCAAGAUAUGCUUGGUAAUCUUCUUAAAGAUCCUGGUAUGUCAAGUCCCUCGGAUAAUGAGCUUUCAUAUGAGACUCAGCCUCUGAUGCAGACUAAUGAUGAUAAAAACUACAUUUUGAACCAAUUCAUGCAAGACAUUGAUGACUCUGCUUUAGAUGGUCUAAAGUUGGAGUUUUUUGACAGUGAAUCAAUAAAAUUGUUUGAUAUUCGGGUCACUGAGUCUCCAGUUUAUCUGCGAGAUGUCAUCCAGACAAUUAGAUAUAAGGUAUCAGAAGGUUUCAAACACUUCACUGUAAACCAAUUGGAUGGAGCAAUAGUAAGGUUUAAUAAACAGCUAGUAGUACAACAGUUUAAGAUUCUUUCUCUUGAGAAGCCUGGAGAGAAAUGUUUGUGUGAACCUUGUUCAAACUUAAAUUUUUAAUUCUAUUCUACAUUGACAACUUAAUCAGUUUAGUCAUAGCUUUUUGUUUUUAUGCAACUUGUUUCUCAACAAAAUUGACAUUUGACCUUAACAUAGCUGGAGCAGUGUCUGAACAUACUCCACAUAUUUAAAAAAAAACAUUAAUUAUUCAUGGAUAGCUUCAUUAGAUCCGUAGUCAACUUUUUUUUCGAAUACGUCUAAAAUUUGAAAAUGUGUCAUGUAAAACUCUUAUGUUUAAUUACAAAAGUUAACUUAAAAGUGUUAACAACUUGUUAAAAGUCUUGUCCCUUGUAACUAAAAGAUAUAUUGCCUUGAAAGAAAAAUUUGAUAACUAAGUUACAUAUAUUUAUGCUCAACUUGCCUCACUCUAAAUGAAUCUUCCUUGUGAAGUUAAAAAAAAAAAAAAAGUACCGGUAUGGUAAUUCGGUAAUUCGUUUUACUUUUCAGUAGCUGGAGUUUAAAAAAAAAUGGGUUUGACAACUUCUUUGUGUUUGAGACUUCUUUGUGCUUGUCAAUUAUUCUACUUUGGUAAAAUUUGUUAAAUUAUUGAUAACAAUAAAUUGAGUUUGUUUUUUUUUAAUCACUGGUGGGAAUUUUUUACCUUUUAAAAUGUUGACUCAAUAAGAAAAUGUUGUAUUUAUUUAAUGUGGUAUUGUUUUUGUUCAAUAUGUGCCAUUUUUUUUUAUGCAUUUUUAUUUUUUUAAAUUUAAACACAGAAGAAAAAUUUAUUUAUUUCUAAAGUAUCUUCGUUUUUAAUUAUUGAAACAAAUUUUCUGUUACCUAAAUUUUGAUUUCAUUGCUGUAAAAAUAUUUUAUUUAUAUAUUUAUCCUCUGUAAUAGGAUAACCAUUUAUUUGAUAACUUUCUUUUAUAGCUGUUUCAUUUCGGCUAAACAAAAUAUAUUUUAAGUAUUGAAAUACUUUAGCCGUAUCGUUGUAUCAAACUCUUCUGGUCUCUCCAUCUCUUCCUGGACUUGCACUGGGUUCCACUGUUCCAAACUGACCUCACACUGUACCGGGUUUGAUCUUGAAUUGUGACUCGUAAACUGAACUGUUUUUGACUGAUACACCUUCGCCCUUUAUAGGAUGUCCCUAAAGGCCUUCUCAAACCUGAAGCAACAUCGUUCGACACUCCUGGAUGAUCACAUGACUAUGUCUGAUAUGACUUUCUCGAAGCACCACCACUCAUCUAGUGCUAGCCUUUGUAAUUUGUGUCAGCUGACAACACACAUCACUACCCCCUUGAUCCCAUCCACUUCACCACCAGAGGUCUAACAAUAUAUUGAGCUGGUCAACAUUUUUGACACUUUUUUUCUGGUACUGCAUUAAGGUAUGGACUUAAUAAGUUGACUUUCUAACGAUUUUGGGACCAAGCUUUAGAUAAAAUCUUUUUACCUAGCUAGUUACAAUAUUUACAAGAUUUAUUUUGGCGUUACGUACCCAUUUAAGCUUUAAAUAUUUGCUUAAAUUAAAAAAUAUAUACACUAUCAUGUCUUUUAUAAGUUAAGUAUGUGUGUAAUCUCUGUAAAGACAUCAUUUACACAUAUUUUUUUUUCAUGUAAUUCUUGUUUUUAAUGUUUCAUAAUUGUUUUAUGGCUUUCAUUGUUACCGGUACUUAAAUAAAUCAUAUAUACAUACAUA